GUUUCUUCACUAGCUCGCUGCUCGCCCCGCAGACGAAAACCCUAGCUAGAUUCUCUGCCCUCUUCUCCGUGCGAAAAUGCCGCCGAAGUUCGAUCCUACACAGGUCGUCGAGGUCUUCGUCCGCGUCACCGGCGGCGAAGUCGGAGCGGCUAGUUCUCUCGCCCCCAAGAUCGGUCCACUCGGUCUCUCCCCCAAGAAGAUCGGUGAGGACAUCGCCAAGGAGACCGCCAAGGACUGGAAGGGCCUCCGCGUCACCGUCAAGCUUACGGUUCAGAAUCGUCAGGCGAAGGUGUCGGUGGUCCCCUCCGCCGCCGCGCUAGUCAUCAAGGCGCUCAAGGAGCCCGAGCGCGACCGCAAGAAGACUAAGAACAUUAAGCACAACGGCAACAUAUCGCUCGAUGACGUAAUCGAGAUCGCUAAGGUCAUGAGCCCCCGCUCCAUGGCCAAGGACUUGACUGGCACCGUGAAGGAGAUCCUAGGAACCUGUGUAUCCGUCGGGUGCACUGUAGACGGGAAGGACCCCAAGGAUUUGCAGCAAGAGAUCGCUGAUGGAGAAGUGGAGAUUCCAGAAGCCUAAGAGAAGGUGGAGUGAAAAUGACGACUUUCGAUAUUAGGAGGUUAAAGCUUAAACUCUCUUGAAAUACUAGUAAUUAUGUUGUGUUACGUUGUGACAUUAUGUUUUUGAGAAUUUUAGUUUCUUCAUCAAGGAUAAAUUUGAUUGAUAAUAUUAUCUGAAUGAUGAGCAGCAGACUAUUUAAGUUUUUUUUGGAUGA